AUGUGGCAGCUUUUAGUAGCAGCAUGCUGGAUGCUUCCUCUUGGAUCUAUGUAUGGUUGUGAUAAGAAAGGAAACAACACAAACCCUGAAGCUAAUAUGAAUAUUAGCCAGAUUAUUUCUUACUGGGGUUAUCCUUAUGAAGAGUAUGAUGUUACAACAAAAGAUGGUUAUAUCCUUGGAAUUUAUAGGAUUCCAGAUGGAAGAGGAUGCCCAGGGAGGACAGCUCCAAAGCCUGCUGUGUAUUUGCAGCAUGGCUUAAUUGCAUCUGCCAGUAACUGGAUUUGCAACCUGCCCAACAACAGCCUGGCUUUCCUUCUGGCAGAUAGUGGCUAUGAUGUGUGGUUGGGGAACAGCCGAGGAAACACUUGGUCCAGAAAACACCUUAAAUUGUCGCCCGAAUCACCAGAAUACUGGGCCUUCAGUUUGGAUGAGAUGGCUAAAUAUGACCUUCCAGCCACAAUCAGUUUUAUCAUAGAGAAAACAGGACAGAAGCGACUCUACUACGUGGGUCACUCACAAGGCACCACCAUAGCUUUUAUAGCAUUUUCUACAAACCCAGAACUGGCUAAAAGGAUUAAGAUAUUUUUUGCAUUGGCUCCAGUUGUCACACUGAAAUACACCCGAAGUCCUAUGAAAAAACUAACAUUUCUUUCCAGGCAAGUAGUCAAGGUGUUGUUUGGUGACAAAAUGUUCCACCCUCAUACAUUGUUUGACAAAUUCAUUGCCACCAAAGUGUGCAGUCGGAAGCUAUUCUGUCGUAUUUGCAGCAACUUCCUAUUUACUCUGAGUGGAUUUGAUCCACAAAACUUAAAUAUGAGUCGCUUGGAUGUUUACUUGUCACACAAUCCUGCCGGAACAUCUGUUCAGAAUAUGCUGCACUGGGCCCAGGCUGCUAAUUCUGGUCGCCUCCAAGCUUUUGAUUGGGGAAACUCUGAUCAGAACAUGAUGCACUUUCACCAGCUUACACCUCCUUUAUACAACAUUACUAAGGUGGAAGUUCCAACAGCAAUAUGGAAUGGUGGACAGGACAUUGUGGCUGAUCCCAAGGAUGUCAAAAAUUUACUUCCUCAAAUUGCCAACCUUAUUUAUUACAAGCUGAUUCCACACUACAAUCAUGUGGAUUUUUACCUUGGAGAGGAUGCACCUCAGGAAAUUUAUCAAGACCUAAUUAGAUUGAUGGAGGCAUAUUUACAAAAUUAA